AUGCUGCACGAUCUCGCUGGAAAUCUCGCAGCUCAUCGUCCGGAAAUGCUCAACCUUCAACCUCAUCGGCGGCUCACUAGGAAGGCAUCUCUUCUGGGAACUGCCAUUGCACAGGCGGUAACAUCGGUGACAGCACAUUCAGUCAGAUUACUCGUGGAUUCAGGCUCAGAACUAACAUUUGUAUCGGAACAGCUCACACGUCAGCUCAACAUUCCUCGGCAGUCCUCAUCAGUCACCAUCAAUGGCAUUGGAGGAGCAAAAGCAACGCAGACUCUCGGUCUUGUCCAGCUUCGACUGAAGUCCCUCCACUCUAAGGACAUCGUGACCAUUGAUGCUCAUAUUCUCAAUAAACUCACGACAUUGAUUCCAUCUGUCAAGGUCAAGCAUGGUCAUUGGAAACAUGUUAAUGAACUGUGCCUAGCAGAUCCGGAAUACUACCGUCCUCGAACGAUCGACAUCAUUGUCGGAGCCGAUCAUUACGGCUCUAUCAUAAGGCCAAAAAUGAUAAAACGAGAUCCAAAUUCACCAGUAGCUCAACUAUCGAUCUUCGGGUGGAUUAUUCUAGGACCAAUCAAUUCAACCGACUCGUCAUCUGUGUGUGCGUAUCAAGUUGCGGCUCAUAAGGAAGACGCUCUUCAGGAACUUCUGGCGAAAUUUUGGAUUCAAGAGGAGGCGCCUGAAGAUGGUCAACCGACGCUCACAUCAGAGGAAGAGGAAUGUGAAACUCAUUUUCGGACUACUCACACAUGA